GAUCGAUUUUCUAUUUAAGAAGCGCCUGCCUCAUAGAUUAUACAACUCCACUCACCUUACUGUUUAUUGCUCUUCACACCUUCUCUUUGAAAUAUCACUCUCAAUUUCAUCAAAGCUUUUAAACAACAUACAACACAUCCACCAUGUCGGUCGUGUCACUCCUCGGUGUCAAGGUCUUGAAUAACCCCGCCGCUUUCUCCGAUCCAUACGAGUUCGAAAUCACCUUCGAGUGCUUGGAGCAGCUACAGAAAGAUCUCGAGUGGAAACUCACUUAUGUCGGAUCCGCCACUUCAUCCGAACACGACCAAGAACUCGACUCUUUACUAGUCGGCCCAAUUCCAGUUGGUGUCAAUAAGUUCAUAUUCGAGGCCGACCCUCCAGAUCUCAAGCGCAUUCCCCAGACUGAGAUCCUCGGUGUUACCGUGAUUCUCCUCACAUGUAGCUACGACGGUCGAGAAUUCGUGCGAGUCGGUUAUUACGUGAACAACGAAUAUGAUUCAGAAGAGCUCAAUGCGGAUCCUCCAUCAAAACCUAUUAUUGAGCGUGUGCGUCGCAACGUGCUCGCUGAGAAACCUCGCGUAACUCGAUUUGCCAUCAAGUGGGACUCGGAAGAAUCUGCUCCUGCCGAAUAUCCUCCUGAGCAACCAGAGGCCGACCAAUUGGAUGACGAUGGUGCCGCAUAUGGUGCCGAGGAGGUUGAAUUGGAGAAUGCAUUGAUCAAGGAAUUGGAGGAAGUUGAACACCAAGAUGGCGAGGACCAUGAAAUGGAAGGCACCAGCGCUGCUACUGCUGCGGCUGAAGAUGAUGACGCCUCAGAUGCCGCCAGUGAGGAUCUGGAGGCCGAAAGCAGUGAGAGCGAGGAGGAAGACCUUGAUGAGGAGGACGCUGGUGACGGUGACGAUGAUGUCGAAAUGGCCGACGACGCCAAUCCUGGAUCCGCCCGGCCUCAAUCCCAGCCUGAAGUGAUGGUCCAUUAAACUCGCCUUGACCAUCAUCGUCGACUUAAUUUUAACAAAUAUCUGGAUCACGCACACAAACAAAUACCCGUGGAGUUUCAGUUUUACGAGUGGCUCAACCCGUGGGAUACAGGCUCUCUACAUCUACUUUACCUGAUUAUAACGAUUGCAUGUCUUCCGUAUCUGAUAAUGACGAUCUUUCUAUAACGAACUCAAAACCGCUUUGUUGCUUUAUUGCAUGCGCAAACUACCACAGCACUCUUAUUCGUCAAAAAACAAAGUAAAUUAGCCCCUAGCCCAUUG